AUGUUACGAGACAUACUGCCCAAUUGCUUGAGGGUGAAGCAUGUGCUUCCGGACCAUCCUAUCGUGUGGCAGGCAGAUGAAGAGUCCUUGGUGGGUAAAAGUGGUACGAUCUCGAUGCAGGAGUUGAUUGAUCGGUAUAGUCCCGAGUUUUCGCAUGGAGCGGCUUCUCUGUUGCAUCCUAUGCUAGUCAAUGGCCAUUUGCAGACGGCGUACGCCGCUUAUAAGCCCUUCAAAACUAUCGAUCGUGUUAAUUACAAGCGCUUGAUCCUUCGCUAUCCCGAUCAAGGUGAGGGAACAGUGGACUUCGCAGUGAAAAGUCUUGAUCCCCAGAGGGACGGUGAUUACGUUCCGCCGUCGCAAAGUGCUCAUGAGUUACCCAAGAACUACUCGUAUUUCGAUCCCGAUGAUCCCCGGCAGUUCUCCUCAGACGAUAGACCUAUGCUCAUCGUCCUGCAUGGGCUCACGGGUGGCUCUGCCGAGAGCUAUGCCCGGACACUGGUCAGUAGGAUUACAAAACAUUACAACUUCGAAGCAUGCGUUUUCAACGCUAGGGGCUGUUGCCAGUCAACCAUCACCACGCCGCAAACGUACAAUGGGGGCUGGACGAAUGAUAUACGGUUCUGUGUGAAUGAGUUGCGGUCUAGAUUCCCUAACAGAAGACUUUACAUGGUUGGUUUUUCUUUGGGGGCAUCGGUACUGAGCAACUAUAUCGGCGAAGAGGCUGAGAAUUCUCAGAUAGACUGUGCAGUGGCUUUAGGGAACCCGUGGGAUCUGGCACACUCGUCCUAUUACAUAAACAACACCAAGAUGGGGGCAAAAUUUUAUUCGCCUGCUUUGGCACAAAACUUAGUAGACCUCUCCAAGACCCACAUGGAAGUGCUAAAGACCCACUCGAAGUUAGGCAAAAGGUACGAGACAAAGAUGACCAAUAUACACACCGUUGAGCAUUUCGAUAAUCUAUUCACGGCUCCUAUGUUUGGUUACAACACAGCAACUGAGUAUUACAGAAACGCUUCAUCUUGCAACCGCUUACUUUCCAUCAGAACGCCGUUCUUGGCCAUAAACUCACUCGAUGACCCAAUAGUCGGUUAUGAAGCGAUGCCUGAAGAAGAGAUAAGAGCUAACCCCUACACUCUAUUGAUCGAGACCACCAAAGGUGGUCAUGUCGCAUGGUUCGAGAACACUAAGGGCAAGAGAUGGUACACCGAUCCAUUGUGUCGCUUCUUAAGCGCGUUCCACCGGGAAAUCGUUGUUAAGAACUUAAAGCUUGUGGUCGACGCUGAAGAACUGCCGCAUAAUAACGUUGGACCCGUGAUGACCACUAACCUUAAAUUUUGA